AUGCUCUUCAAAAAGAAGAGUCAAAAGCAUUUAAAUUUAUCAAAUGAUACAUCUUCACCACAACCACCAAAUAAAAAGACUAUUAAAAAAUCUACAAGUGCUAGAAACUUAUUAAAUAAACUAACUAAUAAUAAUUCAUCAUCAUCAUCAUCCACUUCUACUUCAACAACAACAACGUUAAAAAUUUCAACACCAAUAAGUCCUCCAAUUUCAAAUAAUUUAUCAUCACCAUUAAAUUCAAUUAAUAAUUUUAAUAUAAAUAAUUUUAUAAAUUUAACACCUAUAAAUAAUCAAUCAUCUACAAUUAAUAAUAAAACAACUUCAAUACAAAAUAAUGAAAAAUUACAAAUUACUACUCCUUUGCAUCAAUUGACUUUAUUAGAACAAAAUCCUCAAUAUAAAGCAUCAUUCCAAACCAGUGAAUCUAAAAUCAGUACUGAAAUUGAAAAUGACAAAGAAUUUAUAAAUGAAGUAGAAAUUGAAUCAUUAGUUGGUAUUUAUACACCUAAAUCAAAUAAUAUGAUAGAAGAUGCUGAAUUAACGUUGACAAAAGAAGAACAACAGCAACAACAAGAAGAAAGUGAAGAAGAUUAUAAAGAAGUCUUGGAUAAAGAAAAAUUUUUAAGUGGGAAUUUUUCAACAUCAACAUCUCAACAAAAUUCACCAACAAAUUCAAAAUAUUCAUUAACUGAAACAAAUAUUCAAAUAUAUAAAAGACUGCAUUAUCAUAAAUCAUUAAAUUCUCAAUUGAAUCAAAAUUUAAAUCAAAAUCAAAAUUCUUCAUCAAAAUAUAAUAGUUUACAUUUAAUUAAUAAUAAUGAAUGUUUCAAAUCACCAACAAAAUUUAAAUCAGAAUCUAUUAAAGCUGGACUUAUAGAUAUUACCUCCCAAUCCAAUAAUUCCAAUAUCACUACUACAUCUAAUAAUAAUAAUUCAAAAGAAUUUGAACAAAUUUCAAAAUUAUAUGAAUUAGAAAUUUUAUUAUUAAAAGAAAAACAUCAUUACGAAAUAAAACAAUUAAAAAGAGAAAUUGAAAAAUUAAAAAAAUUAAAUUCAAAUGAAAAUGAAAAAUUCAUAUAUCAAAAGGAUUACGAUGAUGAUAAUAUUUUAUUACCUCCAUUUAAACCAAUUCCACCUAAUGAUGAUGAUAAUAAUUCUUUAUUAUCUUUAGAAGAUUCAAUAAUGAGUUUAUAUAAUGAUGAUUAUAGAAAAAUUUCAGAAUCUUCAACAAUUGCAUCUGUUCCUACUCCAAUUUUAAAGUAA